GUGCGCGCGAUACAUUACCACCGCGCCGCAUUCGUUGAUUGGUCGAACAAUGCGCAAGCCGUUUAUCAAAUUCAUCUGUCAUUCCGCAUCGUAUUUUACAUUUUUAUUCAUGCUGAUAUUAGCAUCGCAACGUAUCGAGACGCUUUUCCUGGGUGAGCAACCCGCGGAUCCCAUCCCAACGAAGCGUGGAUCAACACCAUCGCUUGUCGAAUGGAUUAUCCUUGCCUGGGUCAGCGGGUUGAUCUGGAGCGAGAUAAAGCAAUUAUGGGACGUCGGUCUGGAGGAGUACGUGCGCGAUAUGUGGAACGUCAUUGAUUUCAUCACGAAUUCGCUCUACGUCGGAGACUUUCCCUUGUUUGAAACAUCGCAGACACUCUUCUGGGCCGUGUUCGGUCUCAUCGAUUUGGAGAGCUUCGACUUGAAUGGGAUCAAAAUCUUUACGAGAUUCUGGGGCAUGCUUAUGUUCGGCACGUAUUCUGUCAUCAACAUCGUUGUGUUGCUGAAUCUACUCAUCGCCAUGAUGAAUCACUCCUAUCAAUUGAUAUCGGAACGUGCUGAUGUAGAAUGGAAAUUCGCACGUAGUAAACUAUGGAUAAGCUAUUUCGAAGAGGGUGGAACAGCCCCACCUCCUUUCAACAUCAUCCCCACUCCGAAAAGUAUCUGGUAUGUUGUCCAAUGGGCCCAGAGGAAGUUUUGUGGACAUUCUAAAGCUGCAAAGAAAGAACACAUGAAAACAAUUCGCAGGAAAGUCAAACAAGCAAGCGAAAGAGACUUUAGAUACCAGGCUAUUAUGAGAAAUUUGGUUAGACGCUAUGUAACUGUCGAACAACGCAAAGCAGAGAAUCAAGGAGUCACUGAAGAUGACGUUAAUGAAAUAAAACAAGAUAUUUCAGCGUUCCGGUUCGAAUUGAUUGAAAUCCUGAAGAAUUCUGGGAUGACUACGUCCACAGCACAUUCUGGAAUGGGUACCGGAGGUAAAAAGAACCGUCAAAAAGAACGUCGGUUGAUGAAAGGGUUCAACAUAGCUCCACAACCCUCCACUGGAGGUACCGGCCUACCUCCAGUUGCAGAAUUCAUUGCUUCGUUACAACAACAACAACAGGAAAGCAAUGAUCUCUUCGGGUCUACUUUAUCAAACAUUUUCAACAAUCAACCGAGGAGAAUUCAACAUAGUAGUACUGUAUCAUCAUCCCAGGGUAGUAUCAAUGAGGGUCAUCAUCGUGGGAGGUGUCAUAUGAAAAGAUCUUCAUCACAUAAACGUCGUUGGGGUACCUUGAUAGAAGCAGCCAAAGCUGGUAAAGUGUCCCACCUCAUCGGGCGUUCCAGAUCUGAAGACUCCGUCUGUAACUCCACCGUGUGUAGAGACAGUCAUAACCACAAUCAUUCACACAGCAAUAGCCCUGGAUCGGAUGACAACUGCACGGAAUCAGCAACAGAUUCAAAUCCCAGUCUGGAUGUGGUACCUGGGAAUGGUCAUGGGCAUAGCCACAGUCACAGGGAUAGUGGGCAUGGGCAUGGUCACAGUAUGAGUAUCAGUGAUCAUUUCCAUGGUAUUUCAAGUGGUUUGGCUCUCCUACGUAAAAAAAGAAAGAAAUUUUCUGCGUCUAGAAACACCUCACCAGUGGUCCAACAACCCCCGAACCCUAUUGAGCAUGCAAUUGCUGUUUGUGUAGGUAAAAGCAAUAAGAAAGUGUCCCAGGUAUUGAAACGUGCCUCCAGUGUCCCAACCCGGGUCCCCGAAGUGGUCCAGAUCAUGCACAAACACGAACUGACCCAGUCCCAGCAAGAUAGUGUUGAAUUACCAUCAUCAGCGCCACCUAUAACCCUAACCCCAUCAACCACGGAGGAAUCCAUGAGUAAUCCCAUGCAAGCGAUGUUGGUAUGCAGUGUUGGACCAUCGGCAUCUUCCAGGGAACCAUUGUUGUAUUCAUCCAGCAGUAACCCCACCACUGGGUCCUCCCAAACCCCUGAGGAGGAGUAUCGACAUAGUAAUGGGCAAUCGACAAUGACAACCACAACAACAACCACAUCCAGCUCCCUACCACGUUUACCAGGGGUGAUACCCUUGGGAGGACCAUAUGGUCCCACUGGUUGGUUAUAAUCACAUAACCUAUAACCUAUAAAUAAAAAUAUGGCACCCAAAGUCGACGCACGAAUACAACACAAAGUUAAAACAAGUUCCAUGCGAUUUUAUUGUUUCAAGGUCAAGUACUGCUUGGCCUAUGAUUAAUUCUAACGUUUACCGUAAAACAACAAGCGAAUACGUCCAUUAUGUUUAAUUAGAUAGAGUAUGCGUGAUGUUUUCAUGAUAAAACACUUAAAACAUUUAAAAAUGUAACAUUGGACCAGUCGAAUGUUCUUCUAAUACUUAUAAACACAUGUAGUGAUAGGUUAAGUAUGCAUAACCUCAAAUUAUGACUAUUACAUGUAAAAACUACGCGAGAUAUUACUUACUAAACAAAACGAACGAGGCCUUAACGAAACGAAAUCAUUUUUAACCAAAAAAUAUUUAAUUAAUAUAAAGUAGCUGAUUAAUUAGUGAAAUAAUUAAUUUUUUAGUGUUUUUUACGUUGUUUUUUAUCAAUAGAUGCGUAGAUUUGCUUUCUAUCGUUGAAUGAAUACCAUUUGCAUAUUGCCUAUUAAACUGUAAGAGUUUUAAAUCAUUAUAAACGCAAAUUCUAUGAAAAAUUGGAUGAAAACAUAGCGUAAAUUAAUUCUAAUUGAUCAAGUAGUACUUAGAACAAGUUGCAAGAUAAUUAUAUCUAUUUUAAGUAUAAGUAUAGAAAGAUAUCCGCCACGACUGCCCGAAACUCACAUAGAAAAAUUAAAAUUUAACCUAAAAAAAAAAACGUUACGAAACGUUUUUAGGUUAUAAUCACUAGUACCUAGUCGAAAGUUAGCGUAAACGUUUCUCUAGGCUAAGAUUUUAAGCGUCUUUCUAGUCCAGGAGUAGUAAUUGUACAAUAUAAUGCACAUCUAACCUACAACAUGACAUAACCUUAAAUAUUGAUGAUAUUCAUUGUGACUAUAUAUGAAAAGCUAACCUAAAACAUGAAUAUUUUUUCAUUUCUAGUCUCGCGACCAAAAAUACUCAUGUAUUGUAUAUAAGUAUCGAAAGAUCAAAGACAUACGAUAUGAUUGUCGUGUUAUCACACGUCGGAUAUAUAUUUAUUGAUAGUGAGGAGAUGCGCGGCUUGUUGCACCUGUUGCACACGGAAAAUAUGUAUGACUAUGAGUAUAUUACAUGAUUAAUUAUAAGAAUAUAUUACUUAUAUGAGAAGUCUAUCAUGAUACAAUAAAUUUAAUAUUGAAUCGU